GGGAGGGGCCGCGCGGACAGCUCCCGCUCUGAUGGCGCCGCUCCUGCUGCUGCCGCCGCCGCUGCUGCUUCUGCUGAGCGCCGGUUCCGUCGCCGCCGCUGCCGGGAAGAUGAAGGUGGUGGAGGAGCCCAACAGCUUCGGGCUGCACAACCCUUUCCUGCCUCCCGCGCACCGCCUGCGGGCCAAAGCCAGCCCGGCGCCGGCUUCAGGCCCUGCCCAUCUCCUACGGCUGGCGGGCAAAUGCUUCAGCUACCUGGAGUCCACGUACAAGUAUGAAUUCUGCCCCUUCCAAAAUGUCACGCAGCACGAACAGACUUUCCGGUGGAAUGCUUACAGCGGGAUUCUUGGAAUCUGGCAUGAAUGGGAAAUUGAAAACAAUUCCUUUGCCGGGAUGUGGAUGAGAGAUGGAGACGCAUGUGAAACCAGGAACAGGCAGACCAAAGUUCUUCUUGUCUGUGGAAAGAGCAACAGAUUGGCUCAUGUGUCUGAACCAAGCACUUGUGUUUAUUCUCUGACAUUUGAAACGCCACUUGUUUGCCACCCACACUCUCUCUUAGUGUAUCCAGCCUUGCCUGAAGACCUCCAAAGAAGGUGGGAUGACCUAGAGCAGUCACUUUAUGAAGAGCUGAUCACAAAACAGGGGUACAAGAAAAGGUUGAGAGAGAUCUUUGAAGAAGCCACAUUUUUUAAAUCAACAAGAGAGAGACAGAGUGACCAAAACAAUAAAAACCUUCAGCAUCCAGAAUUUGAAUCUCUGGAAAAGUGCAAUAAGGAAUAUCAAUGCCUUUCCAAAGAUGUACAGAAACUUAAAGAUUUGUUAACUCAGCAUGGAGUUGCAUAUGAAACUGUCCUGAUUGGAAACAGUGAAGAUGAGCGUACCAUUCCAAAAGCGGUGACAGAAACACCAGCUCUUACAACUGCCCCCCAAAUCGAGAGGCGCCAGCAUGGAGACGCCGGACUCCGAAACGACUCCCUGUGAAGGAAUCCACCUGGCCAGUCUGCUCAGCGCUGGCUCCUUCAUGCUCCGUUCUUCUGACCCUAAACCUUGCCUGAACCACUUUUCCUGGUAGGUCUGCAUUCGAUAUAAUUCUCGGAUAUGAAGGCCGGAGGAGCUCCAUAGUGAAUUUCUGCCUGGAGAAGGACCGUGGAUAUCAACGACUUUCACAAGAUGUACAGAAAUUCAUGGAUUCGUGUUUUGUAACAUAACUCUGCAGGCCAUCGGGCUAUGUGAUGCAGUGUCUCAGGCCACAGGAGAAACUUAAAUGGUGGCUUCUAGGAAUACUUGCUGUGGUGCUAUAGCCCCUGUGAUCUUACCUACCUUCCCACACCAGAACAAGCGGCGUAUUUUGGGUCUUGACCACAUGAAGUGAAAAUACUGUGGGGAUUUCUUCCCAAGACGAUACAGCUGAUAAGUCCAGUCUAAACAGGAGGGUGCCUGUGUUUGGUGAAUUUUUAAUAAAGAUACAUACUUGAAAGUGGGCCAAAAAUUCAGCAAAGGCCUCUCAUUUGUUUGGGUUGAGCAUCUGCCUGUUGCUGACCAAUGCACGUGUCUUUGCAGCAUUUUGGGUUAAGGGGAUGGACUUCCGUGUUGUUAAGUAUUUUGCUUGGGAUGAGAGAGUUGGCUUUUUAAAAAAGUACUUCUAAAGCACUUUUGUGUUACAAUCUAGUUUCUUGCUACUUAUCCAACUGCUUUGGGGUUGGGCUGUUCAGUUCCUGUUUAGCUGUUGCAGAUUUCUUGCACUCUCAUGCAUUUAUUUUGUAUUUCUAAAAUAUGUCUGUUUUAGAAACAGCAGACUUUGUAAAAGUUCCUCAUUUUCCUUGACAGCCUGUGAUGCAGGCUGCAAUAUCAGCAGCUGCCUGGCUUUACUGGAGAACAAAGAGCUGAAAGCAAACAUAUGCUCAGGUCACUGCAAACUUCUAAAGGGGCCCCAACAUACUGCCACAGGAUUGAUCUUACUGUGCACUGCCACAACCACACUCAAUACAACACUAUGCUUCUGACAACAACACUAUGCUUCUGACAACAACACUAUGUAGUUGUUGGUGAACUGCUUUGAACUCUUAAUUGAAGAGAAGUGGUAUAAAAAUCAAAUAAAAAUGAAAACAGUGCACCCAGGAGUGGGUUAAGAGAGCAAACAGGCAGCAACAAAGGGUUCUCUGCUCUUGGUCUCUCGAGACAAGGCCAGGAAUUGGGGCCCUGCUUUGACCAAUGUAUAAAAUGCUCUUUGGUCAAAGCCGAGCCCCGAUUCCUGACCUUGUCUCCUCCCAAGAUUUUGCCUGGAAGCACUCCCCCCCCCCCCGGGUCUCCUUACAGCCGCUUUCUCCUUUUGUCUUCCAACACCUUACACGUCUCAUCUUAGAAAAGGGGGGAAAUUUGAUGCUGGAUGGGCCCUCCUCCUCCUCCUUUAUGGGUUGUGGGACCUCCCCCACCCCUAGUUCUUCUUCACAUCUAAGCCACUGUGGAGGUGAGGGUCAAGGAUGCCAGUCCACCUGUUGGGCAACCAUACUAAUAAAGUACUACUUGGGUUCCCUUGUCAUGGCAUUUCUUAUUCCUGUGGGGGGGGUGUGUGUGGAAUCAAGCAGGAGGCAGGGGCUGGCUUAGAUC